GUUUGUGAAAGUUACCAUACCUCCCUUUGCUGUUUAUUUAUAACACUCUGUUUUAAUUAUUUUAAGCAAUCUGGCAGUAGCUAUUGGAGGAUUUAACAAGAACCGAUUGAAGAAGUUUUCCAGUUUAAAAAAAAAGAUCAAAUUUCAGGGUUUCCCAUUAUAGUUUGAAAACCAAAUCUGGUGCUGUGGCUGACUGUUGUGGGUGAUGUCAGACCAGGAAGUAAAGGCAAAAAACACAUGGCAACUGUGGGGUAAAUAUGAGAUGCUACAUCGCUCUCAAUUUAUUAAACAAUAAUACACUUUAAAUAAACACAAAACAAAAGGGCACAUUGGCCAAAGUAAACAAACACUAACAGAACACAAAACAAAUGAAAACGAGUACCCUUCAGGAAAGUGAGUAGGCAGGUAGGGUUUGUAGGAUAGAAUUGUAUUUCCAGUCUAUCUCCAGACAGACACAUCUGUUCUCCACCCCCCUGCAAAAGCCGCAGGUCUCCAUUUAAAUGCGACCAUCUCCAAAUUAACAACAAUCGAUCAAUCCGGAGAUGGUCGCAUUCCACACGGGUUUAAAUUAGUCUGCAUGACUGAUUCAAUAGUUACUUAGCUGACAGUCGCACAUUCUAACGAGAGGUACAACCAAACAAACAAUACAAAUGGCGGCGACUUUUCGUCCACACCGCGAAUAAUAACAAUACAGGCUUUCUGCCGUCAUAUAUAAUACAAUAAAUUAUAAUAAAUAACGCACAAAUAUACAUAGGGGGAGGGGCUCCCUGUGAAAGGUGCCAUAUCAAAGGCAUACUUUACAGGAUGAAUGUUUAAAAGGUUGACAUGCUCAUGAUAAUUACUGUUUUCCCAAGGGUUGCAUAGGCAUGGAGACCAAUACAGUAUGCUCCCUCACAUCCUAAAAGGGUGCCCCCUCCAGGACAGGUCUGAAGCUUGCAAACAGAACAAUGUAGUGAUGCUCACAUUGGCAUUGUGUGCGAUUUGGUUAAAACAGAAAAGACAAUCUCUAUUACUGUCAAUCCUGGGCCUACCACAAGCACCAGUUAUUAAGAGAAAUAUAUUUAUAAUACAUGUUUUAUUUGCAGAACAGACUGAGCUACUGUUUGUAUCAAUGAAUGGAUUUUGGAUUUUCUUCAAAUUAAACAGUGUAAAUAGGAUUUAGAUAGGGCCUCAUGGUGAAAAUGGAGCAAGCUUUGAAAGACAGUGACUGCAGUGUUUAGAACUCCUCUGAGAGGGGUAGCGUCAUGUUUUUAAUUAAAUGUAAAUAGACAUUAAGAUACCAUAUAAAUUAAAUCAGUACAACCUAUACAAGGAUGUGCUAGCAAUUAUCAAAAAAAAAACCCAGCAGGCGUGAAAUACUGGAUAAAAAUGCAAAAGUAGUAGUUAAAGAUGCUGGGACACGCAGAAUGAUGCAUGGAUAGUCAUUCAAGAAGUAUAGCACAGCAGUUUAUCAGAGGUUAAAUUAUGCUGGUCCACCUGGCUGGGGAGUAUAGUGUCAGACCUGGCACCUAAUUUAGCUCAUGUGGGGGACUAGGGUAGAGUAAAUAGCUGAUUCAGCAGGAAGAAGCUCAAUGGAGACUGAUUGGAGUAGAGUAAAUAUUACAGGUGUCUGUUUUAAUGAUCUAAACUGUAGCAGGUCUAAUUACUGCUUCCAUUUAACUCCUUCUGCUGUUUUCCCACAGGUAUGAUUUAUAGCUCUCAUUAUUAACAUCACUAAAUACAACCAUACAGCAAAAUAAAGAGGUCUGUGACCUGACAUAUGAAGUUGAAUGGCUUACAUUGCAGCACAGUGGGAGAUAGUGUUAUAUGUUACUUACUGGAUAUUGUGUUAACCUUUAAUCAUAUUUACUAUUAAUGUAUCCUUAAAAAAGUGCAAUAGUUUAGUACAAGGCUGCAACCAACAUACAAGCAAACAAAUAGUUAUUGUAUCAUUCACAUCAAUUAUACAUACAGUAGUAUAACUGUUCAAUUUCACAAUGGACUAUAGCUGACAUAAUAGUAACUUGUCAGUGUCAAGUUAGCAGAUCAAUUUGAAGUAAUACAGUUGUCUAAAUCUACCAAAAAGAACCUCCAAGUUGGGUCCUUCUCUACAGUAAAUGGUGCCAUGUGUGCGAAUAUUACAGCAGAGGUCAAUAACAUUCCCAGCAGAAAUCAUGAGAACCUUUUAGAUUCCACCCUGUUCAUCUUUCCUUCCCACCACAUGCGUGUAGAAGGAAAUAUUGGACUUUGAUGACACACCUAGUAUUAUCUAUAUCCUAUGCAGUCUUUGUCAUGUUUAAGGAGUUUUAACCUGUGGUAUAAUUCAGUACCUGUAAUGACACAAUAAAAUAUAAGGUCAUGUACAAUAAAAUAAUUGGCAAUGACAUUUAUGGAACUUUAUGAUUCAUUCCUUGAAGUUUAAACAAUGACAUUCAUUCCGUCACAUUUCUGUGGAUGAACUCAUAAAAAAGAAGUUAACUGCUUUUUUAAUUGUCUUCAACAGUUUAAAAGGCUGGGAACAGAAGGAAGAGUCACAACUUCCAUCUUUCCACUCAUAUCUGAUAACUUCAGCCUGCAAGCCAGUGAAGAAUUAUUAUCAUUAUUAUUAUUUUUUUUACAGCAAAAAUGAUCUGCUCCGUAAAUGCCACAGUGUGCAAUGGAAUGUCUUGCUUGGUGCCAAGCAGUAAUUAUAAUGAGAUUCUGAGCUUGGCUUUAAGUACUGUGUUAACAGUUCUGCUGGCCAUGGUGAUGUUCUCUAUGGGCUGUAAUGUGGAGGCAACAAAGCUUUGGGGACAUAUCAAGAGACCGUGGGGUAUCUUUGUAGGGUUCCUGUGCCAAUUUGGCAUUAUGCCUCUUGCAGCCUUUCUGUUGUCACUUGCCUUCCAAGUUCAGCCAAUUCAAGCAAUAGCAGUUAUGAUAAUGGGUUGCUGUCCUGGUGGAACAGGGUCUAACAUUAUUUCAUAUUGGGUGGAUGGAGAUAUGGAUCUCAGUGUAAGCAUGACAGCAUGUUCUACAAUUCUGGCAAUGGGGAUGAUGCCGUUAUGUCUUUUUAUCUACACUAAAAUGUGGACUGAUACAGAUGCAAUCCAAAUACCAUACGACAGCAUAGGUAUUACAUUAGUUACCCUCCUUAUUCCAGUCGGAUUAGGAAUUUAUGUGAAGCACAAGUGGCCAAAAAAGGCAAAGGCCAUACUUAAGGUUGGCUCUAUAGCUGGGGCAGUAUUGAUAGCAGGCAUAGCUGUAGUUGGAGGGGUGUUGUAUCAGUCUUCCUGGGUCAUUUCUCCUUCACUAUGGAUUAUUGGAGUAAUAUAUCCAGCUGUUGGAUUUGGUUUUGGAUUCCUUCUGGCAAGAUUAGUUGGACAGCCAUACUACAGAUGUCGUACCAUAGCCAUAGAGACUGGUUUCCAGAAUUCUCAGUUAUGUAGCACCAUUGUCCAGCUAUCCUUUAGUCCCGAAGAGUUGGAAGUGAUGUUCAGUUUCCCACUGAUCUAUAGUAUUUUCCAGAUGGUAUUUGCAGCUUUGAUAAUUGCUGGUUAUCGGAUUUACAAGAAACGUUGUUCCAGUGAUGAGGAUGAAGACUUGGAGAAAGAAAAAACACAGGAUGUAAUACCAUCAUCAUAUGCCAUAAAGAACGAAGGUUUUCAUAUUGAAGACAGUGCUGUAGAUGGCAAGCGCACUCAAUUGUGAAUCAAACUGAAGUAAACCAGUUCAUGCUGAUCCAGUUUACGCUGAUCCAGUUUACAAAUAAGUAUCUGGGCUGCACUUCUUUUACUUCAAAAACCUAUGUUCAAUUUGUUAUAUCAAAGCACUAUUGUAUUGUAUUGUGAUAUGAGAGACAAGUGAACUGGACAACGUGGGUCUGUUGGAACUGGGCUGGUGUUCAGCACCAAAUGUAGUGCAAUAAGGAAGUCAUAAUACACAGUAGGUAACUGUGGAUAUUCCAUUUAAACUUACUAUGCAUUGUUAUCCUGUUUUAAAUACCAUUAUACACAGCUGUAACAAUUAAUAUAUUCACACAAUUAUUGUUUUGAGAUUCAACUUUUAUUAGGGAGCUCCCCUAAAUCCCUUGUUUAGAAAGAUACAGGGUAGCCAAUUGCCAUGUGGGUGUGUGCAUUCGCUGCAGGAGAUAGAGACGGAGGCUGACGUUGAUACACCCCGCAGGCGAACAGGAUUUAUUUACAUAUCAACACAUGACACUACCAGCAAUGGCAGCGCACGGACAGUGUAUGUGAAUCUCUACAAUAUCCAAAAUAAUCUUCUCUGUUGAAUAAUAAAUUAAGGUUGCUGAAGAGGCUGGUCAUGGCGGAUAAAUGGCUAGGGCAGAUAUGUGACAGGCAGAUAGGUGACGGAUUACUGUAUUUAUUUUUGAAACUAUUACAGGAAGACCCUGGAACUUAAAUGAGCUAACCUCUCUCUCUCUCUAUAUAUAUAUAUAGUUUUUUUUACAGAUAUAAAUACACAUUGUUUCUACAAUAAUAAAUGAUAACA